AGUUGAAAAAGUUGACACUUUCUUCAAAUAGACCCCUGAAAAAUCCCUAAUCUUCUCUCAUACACCUGAAAACCCUAGUUCAUCUCCUCAAGAUCUCGAUCUCUGGAAAUACCAAAUUCGCCGAAAUGCACGAUUUUUGCUUCACAAUCCCAUAUGGGUUGAUUCUUGUUUGUGGAGGAGUUAUGGGGUAUACCAGUAAAGGAAGCACGGCUUCUUUGGCUGGAGGUGCGGGCACUGGAUUGUUGCUUAUCCUUGCUGGUUAUCUGAGUCUCAAAUCUUUUGGAAAGCGGAAGAACUCGUACCUAGCCUUGAUUAUGGAGACUGCUUGUGCUGCCACACUUACAUGGGUCAUGGGACAGCGCUAUACUCAGACCUCUAAGAUAAUGCCAGCUGGUAUUGUUGCUGGGAUCAGUGCUCUCAUGACUGGAUUUUAUCUUUACAAGAUCGCUACAGGCGGUAACCAUUUCCCUCCUAAGACCGAGUGAUGGUGAUUUUUUUUUUCCUUGUACUAAUUUCACAUUGUAUGUACCGGGAUUACUGAAAAUUCAAUGCUUCUGUUGGGACAGUUUAGGUUAUCAGUUAAAAAGAGUGUUGUUGGUGGAUACAAAUCUAGAAGACCUAAAACAUAUAUUUUGUCAUAAUAUUUAUCAAAUAUAUAUAUAUAUAUAUUGUCGCAAUGGACCA